AUGCACGAAGCACAAUUUUGGCGGUUGAAAAAGGGAGAAACAGUUGAUGCUAGAUCAAUAUCUCGACCAAGCCUCUGGGGACACAUGAUUAGGCUCGCUCAAGUAUUUGGCCCAAUUCAGGAUUUUCAUGAAGCCUUGGCAGAUGGAGCUAUGGAAGAGCACGACAUAGAGCCAGUGACCCAAGGACUAGUCCAGCGAUUUGAGGACUUUGAUCGACAGCUGCCACUUGAUCAGCACUUCUCUCCCCGAACAUUGAAAGAGCACAUAUCUGCUGGCCUUGGAAGUAUCUUCGUGGCGCUUCAUCUAGGAUAUCAUCACUACUCUACGCUGCUUUAUUUUCCAUAUCUUGACACACAGCUUAGCCAAAUCCCAGGCCGAUCUACAUAUGUCGCUCGCUGCAAAAGGCAUGCGGCAUUUUUCAGUGAUCUCCUUCGAACUUCACAUAAUACCCCUCAUUGUGAGGCUGUUUACUUGAUUGUGACUCACAUGACGGUGGUAUCUUCAUCUGUUCUACUGCAUACCCUUUUAUUUGGGGAGGACGAUGAAUUGUCCGAUGCAAGAGAGCGACUUUAUUCUAACUUUGAAGUCCUGUUGAAGUUAAAACAAUACUGGCCAGGUGCCGAGUCCAUGGUUGAUCGUUUAUUUACAUUUCAAAAAGUGUGUAUGCGGUCGAUGGACAGAACAUAUGCUGUGGAUAGAUGGAUUAUUAAAUUUCUUCUUCAACAUGCAUUGCCUAUCGAUGAUGAGAUGUACGACACAAAUCCAGAUCUUGCAGAGCGACGAAAAGUCGCGAAUGACGCACUAUCGAUGCUUCACCCAGCAGUACUGCAACAACUCAAAUAA